AUGGGGAACGCCGAGCCUUCCAUGCCUGCUGUGGUUGUGGCCGAUGAGGGUUUGACCGAGUCCAUGACGCCUGUUCGCGUUGAUGAUGGUCCAUCUCCGAAGGCCCGUGGACCAGCUCCUCCUCGACCAGAGAACCCAGUGAUUGAGAACCUUGAGGGGAACACGGUGCAUGGUGUACUGUUGGGUUCAGAAGACCUGGAAAGCGUGCUGUUAGACAUACAGAUGAGCCGGGCAGAGGGUGGCGAACAGCUCACGCGGACCCUAUCAUAUGAGGGUUUGAAUCCUGGUCUGGAUUUGGAUUCCAUUGUGAUCCCUCACGACCGCGGCGUCCAUGAAGGCAAGACAAUCACUGAGCUGAGGAUCAUGAUCCAGGCGUCAAAUAUCAGUGAUGGAGCAGGAUUUUGGAGCUACAUCUAUUUUGAACGGCUGCUCCAGCCGGAAUCCGAUAUGGCUGCGGCUGCGCUUUCAGAUCUACCACGGGCCAGCUCAGAAGGCAGGUUGAGGGAAAGAGACCAUCUUCAGGAUUUGUUGAGAUGGGCAAUCGGCAGAUUUGCUCGAUUGCGAGAUGUCACGGGAGACCUGACGAACUAUCUAUCGACGGUGUCUGAAAUGGAAACUUCAUCCAAGCAGCGCAUGGAAGACUUGGGGAUGAAGAUCCUUGAGAUGGUGAAUGGCAUCGUCGGAUUGAGUGCGUCAGUUCGCCAUGUCAGCGAGGAGACUUCGAAAAACCAUCGAGCUGAGGUUAAGGAAAAUCAUGUCGCAGGUGGCAACCAAGUCAUCCAACAGACGAAGAACCAGGAGGAGACCAAUAAAUUGCUGUUGGCAAUGAACGACCAUCUCAAGAAGCUCAUUGACAUCCAGGGGAAGAAGAUUGAAGAGCCCAAGUCGGGCUCGGCAGCCUCAAAAUAUCCUCCACCUCCACCCAAUGUUGCGGGAAGUGGAGGAGCUGGAUCGACAGUGCCACCAGCACCAUUGACGCCUACUGUGCCAGUUCAGCCAAAGUUCCAGUACCUCCUCAGUCAGGAACGGCGUUUGGAUCUGGAGCGGUGUUUGGAUCUGGACCGCCAUUUCUGCAGCCAGCAGGGUACAUGA